GUUGCAGGAGGAUACUGAACGACCGCAGAAUAACAAGGAUAUCUCGAACUCUAGAACGCGCUGGUAUUCAAAUUGAAAUAGGGAUUAUUUGCUCAAGUGAAAUAAUUCGAAUCGGCUUCCCGUUGGCGGGCGCCAUCAGAGGGCAGCAGCGACCGGAGUCGUAAUAACACAAUAUAUUCGCGUUGGCUAAUGGCUCCUGUUGCUCUAGUCUAAAAUUCAAUGGAAGCUCCGAAAGUAAGCCAAAAGGAGUACUUGAAGCGAUAUCUGUCUAAAGAUGACAAGAAGAAAAAGAAAAAGAAGAAACCGAAGGUUGGACCAAAAACAGUGCAGUUAAUAGAUGACGACAUUGACUUGAAGAACUUAACAUCGAUUGAUGAUGAAGAAAUCAGCAUUUUGAACACAACUGAGGAUGCUCCACAAAUUGUUGGUGUAAUCGACGAGCGAGGUCCCAUAGAUUUUGGUGACAAGCAAAGAUGGAAACUUAUCGCUGACGAUGGAACUGGAGAUAUUGCCAUUUCAAAAAUUCCUAAUAGAGGUGCAAAAGAAAAUAUCGAUGACAACAAUGUCAAAAGUAAAAAAGAGUCGAAAUUAGAUUCAAAAGAGAAUAAACUGAAGAAAAGAAAAAAAGCUAAGAGUAAAAGCAGUAGCAGCAGCAGCAGUAGCAGUGAAGAUGAACAAGAAAAGUCACAAAGAAAAAAGAGGAAAGUUUCUCUUAAAAGAAAAAAGAAAACUAAGAAGCGUAAGAGCAACUCAUCUGAUUCAGAAUCUGAGUCUGACUCCAGUUCCGACUCUGACUCUAGUGCUGAUUCUAACUCCAGUCCACAUAGAAGUCACAAAAAAAAGAAAACAUCCAUCAAGUCUAAAGAACAAAAUGAUGAUGACUUCCAUUUUCCAAAUGUAAAAAUGAUUGAGAAAAACAAUAGAUCAAAUACCGAUUGCAGUCCUCCUAGAAAGAAAAAAUCAAAACAAAGCAAAUCUUCUCACUUUGAUCUCAGCCCACCAAGAAAUUCCAGACGUGAAAAAGCACGUGAACACGAUUCAGAUCUUAGUCCGCCAAAGAAUUCCAGACGUGAAAAAACACGUGGACACGACUCGGAUCUCAGUCCACCAAGGAAUUCCAGACGUGAAAAAACACGUGGACACGACUCGGAUCUCAGUCCACCAAGGAAUUCCAGACGUGAAAAAACACGUGGACACGACUCCGAUCUCAGUCCACCAAGGAAUUCCAGACGUGAUAAAACACGUGGACACGACUCGGAUCUCAGUCCACCAAGGAAUUCCAGACGUGAAAAAACACGUGGACACGACUCCGAUCUCAGUCCACCAAGGAAUUCCAGACGUGAAAAAACACGUGGACACGACUCGGAUUUCAGUCCACCAAGGAAUUCCAGACGUGAAAAAACACGUGGACAAGACUCCGAUCUCAGUCCACCAAGGUAUUCCAAACGUGAAAAAACACGUGGACACGACUCGGAUCUCAGUCCACCAAGAAAUUAUAAGCAUAAAAAAGACUCGAACGAGAACUGCGGUACAAGAACAUCAAGUUCCAGAGAAUAUUCCAAGAAUCAGGAUUCUGAUUUGAGUCCACCUAGACAAUCCAGAUAUAAAGAAACAAAAUCUUCUCGUUGGGAUGAUAAUUCAAGAAAAUCGUUAACAACAGAAAAUGAUAAGAAUGGAAACAAACGAAAGAAAACGUUAGAUGGUACAUCAGCUGGCCUUCAAAAUUUGAAAUCACUGAAAGAAGAAGAGGAAGCACAGAAAAAACGUGAACAAGCAAUGAUGCAGAGAAUGAGUAAAGAAGUAAGUGGUUAUGGACAAUCAACUGUGAUCCGCGACAGAAGAACUGGAAGAAGACGUGAUCUUGCAAAAGAAAACCUCGAAAAAUUAGAAAAACAAAAGGCACAGGACGAAAUCGAUGCAAAGUAUGCUCAAUGGGGAAAAGGGUUAAAGCAAGUCGGUGAUCGCAACGAAAAACUGAAAAAUGACUUGUAUGAAAUGAAUAAGCCUUUAGCAAGGUAUGCUAAUGAUGAAGAUCUGGAAAGAGAAUUAAAAAUGCGUGACAGAGAGGAUGAUCCUAUGUUGGAGUAUUGCAAGAAAAAGGAUAUUGAUGCAGGGAAAAGAGCACCAGAGUAUCCAAAAUCAAAAUGUUCGUAUAUGCCAAACAGAUUUGGUAUCCCACCGGGACAUCGUUGGGAUGGAGUUGACCGCAGCAACGGUUAUGAGAAAAAAUGGUUUGAAACAAGAAACAUGAAAAAAGCUGUGGAAGAAGAAGCAUAUAAAUGGAGUACUGCGGAUAUGUAAACUCUUUAAAAGACUCGAUGAGAAAAAUCAUUGGACAUAUAUAUGAAUAUUUUUUUAUGUUUUGUAAGACACUGAAAAGGCUGACUUUUAUGCGCACUUAGCUACGACUUAUGUGUUACAUGUUUGUGUACAGAAACUGAAAAUAAAUUGGUGUACAUAAUCCAGUGGCUCACUUGAUAUAUCUCCCACAGAAAGAUGGAAAACUUGAUGAGGCAUGUUUUGGUAAAACUAUCUACUAAUGUCUAGCAAAAUAAAAGUAGUGUCUUUAAGAUCACGAAUACCUGCGUAUUCAACAAUAAUGUAUAAAA